CCAACAUUUUUUCAUUUCUCAAGAUGGAUGCUCACAAUCCCUGGGCAGACUAUGUCUACUCUGAUCUUGAAUCGGUUGGCGAUCCGACAAUCGAUGAUCAAGUUGACAAAGAGGUCGGUUCAGGCUCGCACGCGAAUGAAGAUGUUGGCCCUAUGCCCACUGCCCUGGACUCCGACGUAGGCCCCGGGUUAGUGGACUUAGACUCCCUUUUAAGUGCGAUGCAGGAAUUAGAAGCUCUGGAACUUGGGACUGGACAUUAUUCGGAUCUGCACGGAUCCGGGUAUACCGUGCCUGUGUUUCCUGAACCUUGUGCUGAUAUUGGUUCUGGUUUACUGGACUUCUCCCUUGGUUCUGAGCUCCCAUUUGGAUCGGAUGAGCCCCUCCCAUUUGCAUCAGAUGCGCCCUUUGAUGUGACUUUCCCAAUGAUCGGAAUGCCGGAAUCCAGUACACUGCCCUCAAACUUCUUCCACGCCGCCGUCCAUGGCGCGGAGCAAGUGUCUGCUUGCAAUACCGCAAAGCAGCCUUCCCCUACCGAUUACUUCGUUGCAGGCCAUGAACAAGUAACUAGAUCGGCCAAUGAUGACCAGACCCCUGUCCAACGUUCGAGGCCCGAGUCUAACAAGCGUGACCGCAGAGUGCGUGAACGCGUCUUCCCCUGCCGCUUUCCUCCUUGCACCCUUGUACUCUGCACCAAGAACGAUCUUGAGCGCCACCAUUCGACGCGCAAGCACCGAAAGGAAGCUGGACGUGACGCCCUUGCUAACCAAUUUACGUGCAAGGUGUCAUGGUGCAGGCGCAGUCGACGGGGAUUUGUGAGGAAAGAUCACUAUGUGAGGCAUUUGGAGAGAAUGCAUCCAGGAAUUGAGUUUGAUGAGUGA